AUGACAGCCUAUGAUGCAGAGCCAGGAGCCCCAGUUGGACCAGAGCAUCCAGAGAUUCCACAUCCAGAGCGGCCAGAGGAGCCACAGCCGGUUGAGAUACCAGCUGACAUGAGAGCACCUGCCCCUACAGUGCCCUCUACAGGGCCUAUUCCUGAGGUUGCACCCUCUGCUCCUCCUGCCACACCAGGGACUCCGCCUGUUAUACCAUCUACAUCAGAGCCUCCUCCUUCAUCCGAGUCUAGGAUUGCCAUAUCCAUUUCCGAGUUUAGAGGCCUAUGUCACACUUUGCAGACAUUGACCACUUCUCAAAGCAUCCUCACUCAAGAGAUGAUAGCUCUUCGUGCCCAUCAAGAGCAGAUUAUUGCCACCCAAACCCAGCAUACUGCCAUCCUUAGGCAGAUACAAUAG